GGUGCGUCUGUGACGUCACUGCUAGCUAAAAGUAUGGCGCUGCUGAAACAGAGUUCCUGUGUAUUUGGACGUUUUUCCACAAACCAUCUGCGGUUGAAUUCCAGAGGCAGCUCGCAUGUAUAUGCCAGCAAUCUGACCUCUGUGGCCAGUUCUUCUCCGACCCAUGUUGACAAAAAGAAGCAGUUUCUAAGUGAUGAUGGACUCAGUUUACAAGAUUUCAUUUCAGGGGAUUUGUCUAAGAAAAGCAAGUGGCAAGAGUACAAAGGCAACCUGAAGAGAGAGAAGGGAGAGCGACUGCGGCUUCCUCCAUGGCUAAAAACGGAGAUCCCUAUUGGUAAGAACUACAACAGACUGAAGAACACACUUAGAGACGUCAACCUACACACAGUAUGUGAAGAGGCCAGGUGUCCUAAUAUUGGGGAAUGCUGGGGUGGAGGAGAUUAUGCCACAGCCACAGCAACCAUCAUGCUGAUGGGGGAUACGUGUACACGUGGGUGCAGAUUCUGUUCAGUGAAGACGGCCCGCCAGCCCCCACCUCUGGACCCUGAAGAGCCCUACAACACAGCUAAGGCCAUUGCUGCGUGGGGGCUGGACUACGUGGUUCUCACCUCAGUGGACAGAGAUGAUAUUGCUGAUGGAGGGGCGGAGCACUUUGCCAAGACGGUCACUAACCUGAAGGAAAGGAAUCCUCACAUCCUUGUGGAAUGUCUGACCCCUGAUUUCCGUGGUGAUCUGGCAGCAGUAGAGAAAAUUGCUGUGUCAGGGCUGGAUGUGUAUGCCCACAAUGUCGAGACAGUCCGUGAGAUGCAAAGGCAUGUGCGUGACCCCAGGGCCAACUUUGAUCAGUCCUUGAGCGUUCUGAAACACGCUAAAGUGAUCAAACCUGGCCUUCUUACGAAGACUUCAAUCAUGCUGGGUCUGGGGGAGUCUGAUCAACAGAUCUUUAACACGCUAACAGAGCUGAGAGAGGCAGGAGUGGACUGUUUAACACUAGGCCAAUACAUGCAGCCCACCAAGCGCCACCUCAAGGUGGAGGAAUAUGUGACUCCAGAGAAAUUUGCGUACUGGGAGAAAGUCGGGAAUGACAUGGGCUUUGUGUACACUGCCAGCGGACCUCUGGUUCGAUCCUCUUACAAAGCAGGUGAGUUCUUCCUAAAGAAUUUACUGAAAAAGAGAAAAGCAGAAGCUACAGUGUCAGAGUGAAUAUACCAAACCCAGACACUGAUUCCUCCUGUGUGACUGCUCCUUGUUACUUAACUACAUUUCCAUUAAUAAAUCUGUUUUACUUCAGCAGUACAGUAUGUUUUAGUUCAGUUGCAAACAUACUAUACAUAUUGUAAAAGAAAAAGUUCUGGAAGUCGCAGUGGAAAUGCAAGUUUACAUCCAGGAAAGGCAGAGAACAGUAAUGUAGUAAUGUAAGUUCAAGGAACUGUCUAAAUUUUGUUCUCUGACUUUGCACUUGUCUGCAGACAAUCCAGCUUCUAUUUUGGGAGAAAAAUCAGGAAAAGAAAAUGAACAUUAGGAGUAGUUUUAAUUUGAUGUCCUUUCAUGUUAGAGGCCAUAAAAAACUACAUCUACCGUCAGCCCCAAUUCCUUUGAAGAUCAGCUGCAGCCUCAGAUCUAUUUAUGACCUCUGAUAUCUGCAGUUUCAGGACUGAUGGUUUGAUUUUUGUGCAGGGUUCUGUGAAACUGUAUGAGAAAUGGUGUGUAUAAAAUACAUAAAUUGUGUACAUAAAGAAUUUACAGUCU